AACUUCGGCGCUUAUUUUUUUCGAGUCAGAACCAACAGUGGCUGGCACAUGCGUUUGUUCCUGCUCAAUUCCAGGCGACCAUCAUCGAUAAACAAUCUCUCAAAGAUUACUAUUCGAUACGGUUCAACGAGAAUCAAAGAUAAUACUACUAACACCAUGUCCCAUGUAAACAAAUCGGCCCAUCCUUUCGAUAAAGGUCGCCUCGAAGCUCUUCUGAGCCGUAGAUUCUUCUACGCUCCGGCUUUCGAAAUUUACGGGGGCGUCGCUGGUCUAUACGAUUAUGGACCUUCCGGCUCAACUCUCCAAGCUAACAUCAUCGCUGAAUGGCGGAAACACUUUAUCGUGGAGGAAUCUAUGCUCGAACUCGACACUACCAUCAUGACUCCCGCUCCUGUCUUCGAGACUUCCGGCCACGUCGCGCGAUUUGCAGACUGGAUGGUGAAAGACGUCAAAACUGGGGAUGUCAUCCGCGCAGAUCAUCUCGUUAAGAAUGUUUUGGAGGCUAGGCUGGCUGGGGAUAAGGAAGCUCGAGGUCAGGCUGCUGCUCCCGCAAAAGAGGACGAGAAGGAUAAGAAGAAGAAGAAGAGUAAGACGGCCAAAGCUGCUGCGGUACAGCUCGCGGACGACGUGGCGAAGAGCUAUGAGGUUACUCUGGCGCAAUUGGAUAAUUUCUCAGGUGCAGAACUAGGCGAACUGUGUAGAAAAUUCAACAUUAGAAAUCCCGAUACUGAUAAUGAGGUCACGGAACCUCAGGAGUUCAAUCUCAUGUUUGCUAGUAGUAUUGGGCCUACAGGACAGCACCCUGGUUACCUACGUCCUGAGACCGCACAAGGACAUUUUUUGAAUUUUUCGCGUCUUCUUGAUUACAACAACGGACGCGUACCGUUUGCAUCUGCCCAGAUAGGUCGUUCCUUCCGAAACGAAAUCUCUCCCCGUGCAGGUCUCCUCCGCGUCCGCGAAUUCACCAUGGCCGAAAUCGAACACUUCGUGGAUCCACAAAACAAGUCUCAUCCGAGGUUCAAAGAGAUGCGAGACGUGGUUCUAGUUCUUUUGGACAGACAUGUUCAGUCAUCCGGUAACACUACGCUUAUUAAGAUGAGCAUCGGGGAAGCUGUAGAAAAAGGUAUCAUCGCUAACGAGACUCUGGCAUACUUCAUGGCCCGAAUCUACCUCUUCCUUUUGAAAAUCGGGAUCAACCCCGACCGCCUGAGGUUCAGACAGCACAUGUCUAAUGAAAUGGCGCAUUAUGCUACGGAUUGCUGGGAUGCUGAGAUCCAAAAUUCGACUGGUUGGACAGAGUGUGUUGGCUGCGCUGACCGGGCAGCGUAUGAUUUGACUGUGCACUCAGCCAAAACAGGGCAUCCCCUAGUUGUCCGUGAGGCUUUGAAAGAGCCUAUCGUGACAGAGAAGGAGGUACCAGAGUUCAAUAAGAAAGCUCUGGGCAAGACGUUUAAGCAGGAUGCUGGGGUGCUGCAGAAACAUGUGGAGAGUCUCGAUGAAGCAGCUUUGUCAAAGCUCAAGAGCGAGCUUGCUGAGGGUCCCACUACCAUUAUUAUCGAUGGCAAAACGUUCGAGAUAGCUCCUGACUUGUUGCGAGUAGAGCGUAAAACAUUCAAGCAGUCUAUACGUGAAUAUACACCGAACGUCAUUGAACCGUCUUUCGGUCUUGGGCGGAUACUCUAUACCUUGUUGGAGCACACGUAUUGGAGCAGGGAACAGGACGUCGAGCGAGGGGUGUUGUCUUUACCACCGGUCGUGGCACCAACAAAAGUCCUCAUUGUACCACUAAGUGCCAAAGAAGAGUUCGAUCCUCUAGUGCAGGAAGUUUCUUCAAAACUUCGACGAGCAGGUAUCUUCUCUCGCGUUGAUGAUUCAAAUACCUCCAUCGGUAAACGGUAUGCGCGAAACGAUGAACUCGGCACCCCAUACGGCGUUACGAUUGAUUUUGCUUCUGUCCAGAAUAGGACUAUGACUAUUAGAGAACGUGAUACCAUGGACCAACGCAUCGGCUCAAUAGACGAAGUCAUCGCGAUCGUAACUGACCUUGUUGAAGGAAACAUCGACUGGACGGAGGCUUGUCAGAGAUUACCUGCAUAUGAUGGUGUUCAAGCUAUUGAAUCUUGAAGCUUGAAGUCCUUUGGAUGAAAUUGGAAGGUCAAGCAUUCGAUAUAGUACUUAAUUAUUUGUGGUUGACCCUUUAAUCGUUUCUCCUCCCUCCACGCCGCUGCGCUCUGAACGUCGAACUAUAAUAGACUGUCAAGAACAGGCUCGGAAGACCCGUGUUUGGAACAUUAGUUUAGAAAUUCUUGUUGUUACUAGUAUGAGGGUUUGAAGUCGAAAACAGGAGAUCGGUGCGUCUCUGGCUGACUUUCAACGUCUGAGGCACUUGGGGAGAAGUCAUCCUCUACCUGCUAGAAGUGGAUGCCCAAGAAUCCUUAGCGUGCGGAAGGUUUAAAUCCCGGCAGAUUGAGCGACUUUCUAUGUUGUGCAUGCGUAAGUACUAGACUCGUUAGUGUCUUCGGCGCCAGAACGGGAAGGGGAUUACUCGAUCAUUAGCGCUAGGCGA